CAUGAAUUAGCGCCGUGAGUUGAACGUAUUCUCACAGAGACAUUAUGAGAAGACACCGUACAUUUGCACGGCAUACAUACGAAAGGCAUAUGUGCCUCGGUGUAAAUGUAAAAAUUUCACAAAUAUUUGUUCAUAAGCACUUUACAUAUUCAAAAAUUGUAAAUCUUAUUCUCUGUAAUUCAUCUGCGAAAUAUAAUGAAAAAAACUUGCAAACAACAACUGACUUAAUAAAGAGCAGCCCACUGGAUCGUCAUUAUCAGUUUCGUCAAAUAUACUAAUUUUUUUGCCAAUUCUCGACUGAUAACGCUUCGAAUAGGCAAAAAACAGCAAUAGACUUAUUAAGUGUCAACGGCAUAGUUGAAGCAAUCAAAUUCAACCGUCCGCGGUGCUGGCAAGUAGUCGGAAUUCAAGCCAAGUUACAUAUUAAAAUAGCGCCAAGGCGUAUAUUUCACAUAGUACUUAAACCGGUUUUUUGAAAAAGUCAGCAAAGCAGCGGUUAUCUCAAGAUUUCUGAUAUUGUCCCACGAUGGCCGAUACAUAUUUUGUUGGUGUCGAUGUUGGCACGGGCAGUGCCCGUGCAGCGCUAGUCAAUCUGAAGGGUACAGUGCUGAAGCAGUGUGUGAAGGCGAUAAAGACUUGGAAUCCCGAAAACGAUCACUACGAACAAUCAUCCGACGAUAUUUGGCGCUCUGUGUGCCAUUGUGUGAAGGAAGUAACCUCAGAUGCCGAUAAGGCAAAAAUACGUGCAAUCUCUUUCGAUGCCACUUGCUCCUUGGUCGUAUUGGGUGCAAAUGGAGAAGCGCUCACGGUGAGCAACACCUCUAGCAAUGAGCAAAAUAUCAUUCUCUGGAUGGAUCAUCGCGCACAUGCCGAAGCCGCUCUUAUCAACGCAACAAAGCAUGAGCUACUGCAAUAUGUCGGCGGCCAGGUAUCGUUGGAGAUGGAAAUACCGAAGUUGCUAUGGUUGAAGAAAAAUAUCAAAAAUACCUGGAAGAAUAUUUGGCGCGUGUUUGACUUGCCUGAUUUCCUAACAUGGCGCAGCACAGGCGCUGAUACGCGCUCACUUUGUUCGGCGGUCUGCAAAUGGAAUUACGAUGCGAUGAAAAUGUGUUGGAGUGCAGAAUUUUUGAAAAAAAUUGACUUGGAAGACUUAUGUAGAAAUAAUUUUGGAAUAAUUGGACAAAGCAUUUGUGAGCCUGGCACGGCGGUGGGAGCAGGUUUAACGAAACAAGCAGCUGAAGAAUUGUCGCUGCUGCCGGGCACAAUUGUCGGCACAUCGCUUAUUGAUGCUCAUGCCGGCGCUCUGGGUAUGUUCGGUUGUCGCGCCGUAUUGAAUGAACACGAUAAACAGCUUGAGGCAGCGCUCGACAAUCUGCAGGGCAAGUUGGCACUUAUCUGUGGCACAUCUACGUGCCACAUGAGUCUAACUCGUGAACCCUGCAUGGCACAUGGCAUUUGGGGCCCCUAUCGGGGUGCAGUACUGCCGAAGUACUUUCUCAACGAAGGUGGACAAAGCGCUGCCGGUAUAUUGUUGGAUUUUGUCGUCAAAUCGCAUCCACAAUAUACUGCCAUACAGGCGAAAUUGGGUCAAAAUGAGCAUAUCUAUACAUAUUUAAAUAAGCUUUUGAAGAAGAUGACCGAAGAGCGUAAAUGUGAGGAUAUGUGCCAGCUGACAAAGGAUCUACAUGUUUGGCCAGAAUUUCAUGGCAAUCGAUCGCCUAUCGCCGAUCCGAAUUUACGAGGAAUGAUCACGGGCCUCAACAUGAAUGACGAUGAAGAGGCGUUGGCCCUUCUGUACUUGGCAUUUGUACAAGCGUUAGCAUAUGGCACCCGUCAUAUCAUUGAUAAUCUCGUUGAGAAGCACAAACGUGUGCCUUAUAGUAGUAUGCUGUUUUGCGGUGGCCUCGCUAAGAAUAAUGUGUAUGUGCAAGCGCAUGCAGAUAUCUGCCAACUCCCGGCUGUGAUACCGGACGAGCAAGAAAUGGUAUUGGUCGGUGCCGCAAUGUUGGGAGCUUGCGCUGCGAAGGCUUUUGAGAGUUUAGAGGCAACCUCCAAAGCAAUGGGCGGCAAUGGCGUGCUACUGAAACCGAAAAGUUCCACUAAAGAUUUUCACAAUCGCAAAUAUCGUGUUUUCCUGCAAUUACUAGAGGAUCAACGAAAAUACAAGAGUAUAAUGGAAAUGGAAUGCUCUUGUACAUCUAUUGUUUGACAAUUUAUUAGUGUUAAAUAAUUAUCUGAUGAUACAUUAUUGAAUGCGUUUUCGUGACUUUUUUUAUUUUUCUACGUCCUUUUGAAUUCUACUAUAUUUUUACAUAAAUUAAAUGUAGUUGACUAAUGAUAUACAUUUUAUGAAAUUAACAGAUUUUCGUCGUGAUGUAGUUUCGUGAUAUACAGAGUUCGUCUAUAUUUCACGCAUAAAUUCCAACAUCCAAAAAUGAACUUUUCCAAAUUAAUAUUAAUUAUUAAGCGAUAAAAGCGGCUGCUUUUGUUGUGAUCUUACCGCGACAUACGGGACAUGAAACUCGUAUCUUUUCGGAGCAGUCUUCGCAGAGGCAAACAUGCCCACAGGGCAGAAUUAUAACCUGAAAUAAAGGAUAAAACAUAAUUUGUAAUUUAUGUCUCAAAUAUACUAAGAUAGAAUUUUUUCUCUAUUAUUAAUUAUUAUUAUGUAAUGAUACAUUCUCAUGUUGAUUGUUUGGUUUACUAGAUUCUACAUAACGGUACUGCAUUAUAAGCUUCCAAAUUAACCAGUCGCAAGAAUCAUAGCUGUUGUAUAUAUGUAUCUAAUUAUUAAAAGUAUAAAUAUUUAAUUUCUAUUUAAAGCAACAUAGGAAACUAAGCAAUGACAUACAUUCUGUCAAAAAAGUACCGGGAAUUGUUUAAUAAAACGCAAAAUAAUUGUUUAA